AUGGGAGGCAUCGGCGCCGUCGCAGAACCCCUGGUGGUCGUCGCGCUGCUGAUCGGCGGGACGUGGAUCAAUCGCCAUACCGACCCGGGCAGACGACGACGCCCGCGCGAGGUGCGCAGGACCACCGACAGCACCAUGAACAUGACCGUGCCCGUCGAUGUUGAGGCACGCAGCAUGUCGCCCAGUCUGCUGGUCUCCGAGGAGCCGCGAUGGCGCCAGAGGAAGGUCGGCUUCGGCUCCUUCACCAUGACGCUGACCACGCCCAACUCGCGCAGGUUCAAGGGCUACUUCUUGAGCCGCCUGCUCGAGCGCUUCCCCUUCUUGGUCGAGUGUUGGUAUUGGGCGCUGAUCUACUGGGUCUAUCAGCUGGGACGAGCCGCGACCGCCGUAUGGAUCGUCGAGGGCACCAUCCACACGGCGCGCCGGCACGCGCUGCAGGUCAUUGCGGCCGAGCAGCGCCUGCGCAUCUUUUAUGAGAUCCCCAUCCAGAAGUUCUUCAUGCAGAACCAGUUCGUGAUGACCUGGAUCAACCGCGUGUACUCCUUCAUCCACAUCCCGGGCUCCAUCGCCUUCCUCAUCUGGCUCUUCUACCACACCCACGCGCGGAGCUACCGUCUGAAUGCGAGCCAGCGGGCGCAGGGCGGCGAGACGAGGCGCGCGCUCGCGGGGCCGAGACUGUACGAAUCCCGCCGGCGGACCAUGGCGCUGUGCAAUCUACUCGCGUUUGUCAUCUUCACGGCCUGGCCGUGCAUGCCCCCGCGUCUCCUGAGCGCGGAUGGUUCGAAGGGCGAGACGGGCAGGAAGGCAAGGAGCUACGGCUUCGUCGAUACCGUCCACGGGCCAGGGGGCGAGGGCUCGAUCUGGACGGAUAACCGCUUCACCAACAAGUUCGCGGCCAUGCCGUCCCUCCACUUCGGCUACUCCCUGCUGAUCGGCCUGACGAUCGCGACAAUCCCGCUGAGCCCCGCUCACGACUCCACGACGAGCCUCAGGCUCCCCUUCUUCAACCAGGCCCACCUGUCCCUGGCGCCGAAGAUCAAUCUGCCAUCCCGACGGAGGCUCCUCUGCAUCUUCCUGGGGACCUUCUACCCCGCGCUGAUCCUCGUCGCCAUCCUCGCGACCGCCAACCACUUCAUCCUGGAUGCCGUGGCCGGCAGCGUGGUGUGCGCCGUUGCGUGGUUCGGCAACGACGUCCUCCUGAAUCUCCUGGCGCUGGAGGAUUGGUUCCUCUGGGUUGUCCGGAUCCACAAACCCGAGGCGAUCGUUGAGGAGGACGACGACGACGACGAGCGGUGGAACGCCCGAGGCAAAGGGCUCAUGCACAGAUAA